GAUCAACCCCCAUCCAUCUACUAAAUACUAGAUACUACAAGUAGAAAAUAAUUCAGGAUGGCGCCAUACGAUAGCGACUCAUCUGCUGAUGAAAACGAAAAUGACAAUUUCACCGAGACAAAUGUGCUCCUCGGGUACGCCUCAAAAGACCCUGGCGACGAGACUAUAAGUCGUUUAGGUGGCCAUCCUGAAUGGCUAGACCCAAGCAAUCCACCAUCAGCCGCACUCGCGCGCUGCAAGGUCUGCAAAGACUUGAUGGUAUUGCUACUACAACUAAACGGAGAGUUGCCAGACCGUUUCCCCGGCCACGAGCGACGGUUAUAUGUCUUCGCAUGCCGGCGCAAAACCUGCCGGCGGAAGGAGGGCAGCAUCCGCGCCCUACGUAGCGUAAGGAUAUCUCUCGGUGCCACAGCAGUAACAGAGAACAAGAAGAAAGAGCAACAAGAAGAGGUGAAGCCAAAAGAAGAGAUACCAAAACCGCCGUCUAAUUUAGGAGAGACGCUCUUUGGCGCCAAGACGAUAGGGUCACCAUUAGGCUCCGCGAAUCCCUUCUCAACGACCAACAUUGCCGCUUCGACGAGUAGCAACCCCUUCUCCAGUCCAGGAAAUCCAUUUAGCAGCCCAUCCUCAGCAGCAGCACCACAGGCAGAAUCAAGCCCCAAGCCCAAGAAUGGAAGCCCUACACCCCCCGCAACCGCAACUUCAACCGAAGAAGACCUAAAGUCCCUCCCCAAAACCUUCGCACAAACCCUCUCCCUCAACAACACUCAACCACAAACCCCUCCCACUGCACCCGAGCCCUGGCCCCCGGUCUCCUCCCAGCCACCCGCCUACCCCAUCUCGUACCUCGCAGACGCCGAAUUCGAGACCCUGGACCCCACACCUACCACGAUCCCGCAAUCCACACGUAUGGACGUCGACCCCUCCGAAGACCCCAACACCAAAACCGUCGGCAAGAACGGCAAAGAAGACCGCGACGUCUUCGAAUCCAGCAUGGACGCCGCCUUCCAGCGCUUCGCCGACCGGCUCUCGCAGAACCCCGAGCAGGCGAUCCGGUACGAGUUCUCGGGUCAGCCCUUGCUCUACAGCAAGACCGACUCCGUCGGGCGCUUGUUCUCCCCUUCCCCUAGCCCCGGCAUCGACAGCAAAAUCUCCACAGCCACAACCACCGCCAACGGCAACGGUAACAGCAACCGCAUCCCCCGCUGCCCGAACUGCGGGUCCCCCCGCACCUUCGAAGUCCAGCUGACCCCCCACGCCAUCACGGAGCUCGAGGCCGAGGAGCUGUCGCUCGAGGGCAUGGACUGGGGCACCGUCAUUGUCGGGGUGUGCGAGCGGGAUUGUCAGGCGCGGCACGUUGUUGCCCUAUCAUCAUCGGAAGAAGAGAAAGAGAAGGAGGGAGAAGGGAGGGUUGGCUAUCUGGAGGAGUGGGCGGGUGUGCAGUGGGAGGAGUUGACAGGCUCUUCUGGGGCUGGGAGACGGUAGUGUGCGUGAAAAAAAAAAGGAUACGGAAAAGGAAAGAGUGGGGGGGGGGGGCGAGGCUGGAGGGUGAACUAUGGAGGUGUGUGUGUACCGAGUUAAAAAUGAAAUUUACGAUACCUACGAGUGAAUAUAAUAUACAUGCGUCUUAGGUAUGCUAUACAUCAAGAUUGUUAUGCGCAAAGACCUGGCGACAUUCCUUCCAUACAAAGCAUCUAGUAAAUAUGAUCCAUUCCUCUAGAUGAACUCUGACACCAUUAGUCUU